CUUCGAUGAAUCUUUUGAGACAGAUUAAGGAGCUUUUGGGGAUGGUUGAGUUUGAGUUGGGGCGUGUGUAUAGAGAAGCCAAUAUGGUUGUUGAUUGUUUGGUGAAUCAGGCAGUCCAUGAUAGGUGCUCUGUUGCUGAUGACUUUAAAGGGAAGGAGCUGCUUGCUGAUUUAAGGAUUAGCUCUGCAUAUGCUGUGGUGACUAAGGCUAUGUGGGUCAAGUGGGAGCCGCCUCCUGCUGGGACUUUGAAGCUCAAUGUGGAUGGUGCUGCUAAAGGGUUCAACUGGACUGUCGGAUGGGUUAUGGUAAUUAGGAAUCCUGAAGGCCAUGUGGUUGUGGCUGCAGCUUCAUUUAUAACAUAGGUUCUAAUAUGCAAGCUGAAUGUAAGGCAUUAUUAGAUGGUAUUAAUUUGGCUUUGCAAUACAGCUUGGGGGAUUAUCAGAUUUUUAUUGAAUCUGAUUUGCAGAUCCUAGUACAAGUGGUUUUGGGUAAGGUAGUUGUGCCUUGGAUAUGCAAGUCUAUUUUGGACCAGAUUUGGGGUCUUUUUAAUAGGCUUAAUGUUAGAAUUCGGUGGGGUUUGGUUAUCAUCCGUAAUCCACACUGGUCUUCUCUCUCUCCACCCAUCUGCGUCAUCCAAGCGAUUCAGCCCCCUGCUCAGACAUAGGUUCUAGCCCAUGUAUCCAGGUAGUUAUACUGCAGAAGUAACAAGCCUCUCUCCUAAAGCAACAGAGAAGGAUGUUUAUGACUUCUUCUCUUACUGUGGCGAGAUUGAACAUGUAGAAAUCAUCAGAUCUGGUGAAUAUGCCUGUGCUGCCUACGUGACAUUUAAACAUGUUCAUGCGCUGGAAACUGCCAUCUUGCUUAGUGGGGCUACCAUCGCAGAUCAGAGCGUAUGUAUUUCACGCUGGGGAGCAUAUAUAGAUGAAUGUGAUCCUUGGAAUGACCAUUCAUGGAAGGUGGGCAAUGCGAGUAGCUCAACAAUCUCUCACGCAAAUCAGUUUAUUUCCUCUCCUGGGGAAGCUGUAACCAUGACAAAGCAAGUAGUGAAAACCAUGAUAACUAAGGGAUAUGUUUUAAGCAAAGAUGCAUUAUCCAAAGCCAAAGCUUUCGACGAGUCGCAUCAAGUCUCAUCCACUGCAGUGGCCAAGGUGGCGGAGCUUAGCAAGAGAACUGAGCUAACUGAUAAAAUCAAUGUGGGCAUGGAGACUGUUAAAUCUGUGGAUGAGGAGUACCAUGUCUCAGAGGUCACCAUGUCAAUUGCAUCGUGUACAGGGAGAACGGCUGUGGCAACUACAAAUGCUGUAGUCAACAGCAGUUACUUUGCAAAGGGAGCACUCUGGGUUUCAGAUGUCCUCAAUCGUGCAGCCACGGUUGCAGUUGAUUUGGGUGGCCAAGGGGUUAAAAAGUGACACUCUUAGUGGAGACAGGUUGGUUUCAUGACAAAGAAUUACUACUACUUGUUUCGUUACAAUCGUUUAGGCUUUUAUAAGUUAAAAAAGACUUACCAUUGUUUAGCAGAUUAGUUUUUGUGUUUGAUAAUGGGUUUAUAGGUUGUCCGAACUUUGCUUCGUCUUAGAUGACCUUUGUGGAUUCAUUUGUUGUAGUAAUAAAGGUAAACCUUUACUGCAUUAAUUGAAAAAAAAAUGUCAGAAUUCGGCAUAUCUACAGGGAGGCCAAUGCUCUUGCAGAUUUUUUAGUGUCUUAUGCUGUCCAGGCAGAAUGCUGUGCUGAUUUCUCUGUCACUGGGUCGCUACCUGUGGCUGGGAAAUUGGUGUUGCAUCAAGAUCAAUGUUCGCUGCCUACUCUAAGGAGGAAGAAGCUUCUAGUUUUGGAGAAGGAAGGCUGACAAUCUGGUAGUAAUGUUGUUUGUAACAUGGCAUUUUGAAGGAUUAAAGCCAUGAGGUUAAU